GUUAUUUUAAACUAGUUAUAUCCCAUACCGGUUUUGAAUUUUAGUUUUUCUGUAUUAAUAUUAAGUUUUAUUUCGUCACUGAUUAUUUAUUGGAUUUUUAGUGGUGGCACUGUGUUUUAGCAAUAAUGAUAAAUUAUGACAAUAAACAUCUGUCAAGAAAGUAUUGGAUUAUUUCCAAGUAUACCCCAGAAUGUGAAUUUGGGACAGUGACUAUCAUAGCAUCUACAACAUGGGCAGAUUUGAUUUAAUUUUGAUAAAUUCUCUCCGAGCAGCCUUCAUAUGAGUGAGUUAUGAUGAUGUCAGAUGAUAAUGAAGAGAUGAUUAAUGUGUCAAUCAUUAAAACGGAGUUGGAAUCGAGUACAUUUUCUUCUUCACCUACUAAUUCAGCACUAUAUUCAAUGUCUCAUAUGUUACCCAGUGAUGAUGUUUUGAAAACAGAAGAUGAUGAAGCACCCAGGAGAUUGUGUUUGGUCUGUGGUGACAUUGCAUCAGGUUUUCAUUAUGGAGUGGCCUCCUGCGAAGCUUGUAAAGCAUUUUUCAAACGCACAAUUCAAGGUAAUAUUGAGUACACAUGUCCUGCUGCAAAUGACUGUGAGAUUAACAAAAGAAGGAGAAAAGCCUGUCAAGCAUGUAGAUUCCAGAAAUGUCUUCAGAAAGGAAUGCUGAAAGAAGGUGUCAGACUGGACAGAGUAAGGGGGGGAAGACAAAAGUACAGACGAAACCCUGAAAUAUAUUCUGUAAAAAACAAAAAUUCAUUAUUGGAAGAAAAUCGCAUGUUAGAAAUUCUUAUCAAUUCUGAACCAAAAGUGCUAACAUUGCCUGAAAAAGAAUUUUCUCCAACAGCUGUUUCAAUAUUAAAUAUUCUUUCUGAAUUGUACGAUAAGGAACUUGUGAAUGUUAUAAGUUGGGCUAAGCAAAUUCCAGGAUUUACUGACCUUUCUUUGAACAACCAAAUGAGAUUAUUGCAAAGUACCUGGACUGAAAUUUUGACUUUAUCAUUAGCUUUCCGUUCUCUUCCUCCAUCUGGGAAAUUAAUGUUUGCUGUUAAUUUUUUGUUGGAUGAAAUUCAAGCCCAACAAUGUGGAGCAUCUGAAAUCUUUCAGUUGUGUGUCUCUAUUAUGGAAAGAUUACAGCAAACUUUAAUUUGCAAGGAAGAAUUUUUACUGCUGAAAGCCCUUGUUCUCGCAAAUUCGGAUGUAAGAUUGGAUGAAGUUGAUCCAUUGCUACAAUUCCGUGAAUCUAUUAUAAAUGCCUUAGUGAACUGCGUUACAAUGAUAAGGGGGAAUAGUAGAGACACAUCGAACAUUUUGCUUUGCCUUCCAGCGUUAAGGCAAGCUGAUGGAGUACUAAGAAAGUUUUGGUCCAAUAUUCAUAGAGAUGGAAACAUAGUAAUGAAUAAACUUUUUAUUGAAAUGCUAGACCCUUCAUUACGAUAGUACAAAAAUUAGUUAUUUUAAUUGUGAAUGGUAAAAUUGUAUCAUAUCUAAGUCACAGGACCAACUGAUAGGCAAUUGAUAGAUAAGAACAAUUUAUAAUUUGCAUCUUAUAAAAAGAUUGAUAUAAUAAUUGUAAAUUAAAGUGAUGGAUGAGUUGAAAUUAAAUUUUAGGGUAGAUUCUUUAUCACAACUAAUGUUGAAAUAAAGUAAGUUUUUCUCAUUUGUUUUGCAAAUAAUUGGCUGUGAUUUGGUGUAGAGUAGGAGUCCUCAUUCCUGUGCCGGCUUGAUGUCACAUGAGCCCAAGGGUACGAUUGUGGCCUCAGGACAUAAUCUAUCCCAGUGAUCACCAUUAUUUUUUGUGGCCUGCUGCUGUUCAAUGAGUUUUCAAUGACAUUUUUGUUUACAUUUUUUUAAUCUGUAAUACAGUCGAAUGAAUUAGUCACACAAUUUGAAUUUAAAAUUGUGGAUAAUUUAAACUUGUUUCAACCCCUUGUUUUUUUUUAAAUUAUAGAUAAUUUGAUUUUUACUAUUCCACAAACUAAUAAUUUAUUUUUGUGAGAAAACAAAUAAUAUAACCUUCACUAUUGUUUCACCAGUUCAUCUAUCAAUACCAGAAGAUUACAACAUUUGUAAAUAUUAACUGGUUUAUAGUUAAAUGGAUCACAUAUUGUAUUGAUAAAAUCUUCAGUCUCUUCAGUUGACAUUUUUAAAUGAAUUUCAUGAUGUAAUUAAUUAUACAUACUUGUAUUUAUUUAACUUUACUUUUAGAAUUUUACUUAAAAU